AUGAACUUCCUUCGUCGACGCUUGUCGGACAGCAGCUUCAUGUCCAAUCUUCCCAACGGCUACAUGUCUGAUCUUCAGCGCCCAGAUCCUUCCGCACAACCACCACCCGCUUCAACCUCUCCGACUUCUACCCCAGCCCCGCAAGGUGCACCUCCUCUGGCUCAAUCCCCGACCAAAGCCACUGCCCAGGUGCCCUCCGGUCCCCCUUCCAGCCAGGAGAGGCGUGCAUCCCAGCAGGGACAACAGCUGCAAGGCCAGCCCAGCUCCUCUGCUUCUGGAGGAUUCUUCAGCUCCUUCAGCUCUAUCAGCUCCAUCACAAACGUGGUCAAACAGACAGCUGCCUCUGCUGCCGGGUUCGUGGAGCAGUCCGCACCUUCUCCUUCGCUCUCCAAGAAGUUCAAGAUCCUUCUGGUCAUUGACGAACCACAGCAUGAGUGGUAA